AUGUGGCGUCUUUGGGGUUAUACAGGUCACUAAAACUAAAGAUCAAGAAUGGCUACUUCAACUUAUGAAGAACUUAGACGUAAAAACAUCGAAGACAACAAGAGGAUUUUAGCACAACUAGGUCUUGUGAACCCGUUUCGUCCUAUUCAAAAAGUUGUUAAGAAGGGAGUCAGAAAAGCUACUCCGUUACAAAAUGUUCUCCCACGACCAAAAACUAAGAAAAGACCGGUUACAGAUAUUGAAGAAGAUUUAGAAAAUUGUGGAUCUUUAAGAGAGGGUCGUAGAAAGUCUGCAAGAAUUCAAGGAAAGCCGUCAAAAGUAAAAGACGAUGAGUACAUACCAGAUGAAGAUGAAGAAUCUGACGAAGAAGAUGAAAAUGGGCGUAAAAUUAAACGAAGAAAAACUACAACAGCUACUCAUGUUAAAGUUCCUGCCAACAGACCUAAUUUCUAUGGUGCUGUUGAAGGUGUUGAUGUAGGAACUAUUUGGUUAACGAGAAUGGAAUGUUGUCGAGAUGGUGUGCACAGACCUACGGUUGCGGGUAUCCAUGGUGGUGAAAAUGGAACCUAUUCCAUAGCUCUGUCUGGUGGAUAUGAGGAUGAUAUCGACCUUGGGGAAUGUUUUACUUAUACUGGUGAGGGAGGAAGAGACUUAAAAGGAACUGUUGAUAAACCGAAGAAUCUUCGAACAGCACCACAGUCUCGAGACCAGACAUUAACACGUGGUAAUUUAGCUUUAAGUCGUAAUGUUGAGACAGGAAAUCCAGUUCGAGUGAUACGUGGAUAUAAAUUAAGAAGUCAGUUUGCUCCAGAUGAAGGUUACAGAUAUGAUGGAUUAUACACUGUAGAGAAAUGUUGGUUUACCACUGGUAUGUCUGGUUAUGGUGUGUGGAAGUUUGCAUUACAGAGAUGUAAAGACCAGGCUUCACCUCCUUGGGAUAUAACUCAGGAUGAGAAAGAAAUUGGAAAGGAAUCCCCCAAAAAGGAGAAGAAGUCAAAGAAGGUUGUUGCAGAGGUGGACACAAAAGCAACAAAAGAAUCUGCAGGAAAGUUAUUGCGAAGUGAUUCUAAAGAUUCCACGCUUUCAAAAGCUGAUUCUGGAAUCGAAUCUGAUUGUUGUUCUGUUGCUGGUAACCAAAGUUAAAUGUUUUUCUUAGGCAUGGUUUAUUUGAGUAGUGCUGUAAUAAUUGUAGACACACUAAAUUAGAUUUGUCUUUCUUGUGCUUUUAAAAGGAGAACAUUAUUUUUAAGUUUGUCAUGCCCUUUGCAAUAAGUAAUUACAACUUGCCGACUCAAGUUUUAUUUUUGUAGAGAUAAAUCUUCAAACUGAACUUUUUCAUGCCAAAAUUUACUCAUUGAUGGACUUCCAGUUUUCCUUUAAAUACCCUUAGAAUUAAAUAUCUGUCGGUCAGGAUAAAUAAAUUCUUUAUCACAUAAAUAAACUGGCCUCAAUCUUUUCCACUGAUUAAAUCAAAUCAUCACCUGGCUACCCGGAUAGUUCAGCCACAUGAAUAAAUACCUGAAAGUGACAUAAGUUUAUGUAUCUUAUUAAAUAAAAUCUUUAGCAUAUUGGUUGUCGACUGCUUUCCCUGCAAUCUUUAUCAUGCUGGUGGUUCAGUCGCAUGAAUAAACAUACUCAAACUUAGGUUAGAUUGAGAGUUUCUCCGGUAGUUUAAAUACUUGCGAUUCAGUCAUAUGAAUUAACAAUCUCAAGGUUGAAUUAGGUUAUGUAUCAUCCACAUCAAAGUAAAACUGGAAUUUCAUUACAAUGAAAAAAAAAAAUGCAGCCUCAACUGUAUUUGUUUAUUCAUAUAAAGCUGAAACUUGUGUGUAUUGUUGCUGCCUGAUAAAUAAAAUAUUUAAUAUGCCGGUUAAUAAGGAGUAAUCAGAGUAGAAAUAACUAUAGAAUCUCUUUAGCACAUACAUCAAUUGUAAAUAAUAUAUCAUUUCAUCACAAUGUGCUCAGUUCUUCUCACCAAGAUCUCAAUAGUUUUAACUGCAUCAUGAUCAUGAAUCCAAAUAUAGUUUUUCAUUAAAUAAAAUUUGUUGUAUAAUUAUCGAUUAUAGUUUAGUGCAUCUUCUGAUCAAAUUUAGCCAAUGAAUAGUAUAGUAUAUAAUGUUUUAUCAAAACAUUCCAGUCAGAAAUAAAAAUGACAAUCCGACUCUAACCAUUGUAACAUUGAGAUUCCAUUGUAGAUGUGGUAUCAAAUCGUUAAAGCCUCAAACUUUAUAAAACAUUGUUUGGUUAUUUUGCAUGUUAUGUUUUUAUCAUCCUUAUUUUUUUAGGUUGAAGAAAUAAAUAAUUUCUAAUUGUAUAAAUUCAUUCUAUCAUUGUUAUUAAUAGAAUUAAAUUUUAUUUUACAAAAAUUA